AUGGCGGAUUAUGUUUUUCAAGAAAGAGGUAUUUCCAUUAGUCAGCAAACUGUCUCACGAAUACUAAAAGAACAAGGAGUCACUUAUAAAACUCUAACUUACCAUUAUCAACAAAUCGUAAGCCAACAAGAAAUUAACUAUUUUAUUGAUAGAACUAGAAAUUUACCACCCUAUCAACUUCUAGCUUUGGAUGAAUGUGGUUUUCAUUUAAACGAGGAUCCAAGAAGAGGUUAUUCAUUAAAAGGAACUAGGGCAAUUUCCCAAAGACCAAGUAGCAAGGGCGAACACUAUACCUUGCUCUUAUGUAUUGGUAAUACCGAAAAAGAUGGGGUAGUUCAUUAUCAGUUAAUUAAAGACAAUGCUCGUAUCCAUCAUGCUAAAAAGAAAUGUAUAGACUUGGGAUUGCUUCCUAUUAAGGAAUUAUUAAUAAGUAGAAACAUCCAACCAGUUUAUUUUCCUCCUUAUACUCCACAAUUGAACCCAACUGAAUUGUGUUUUAACUUUAUUAGGAAUUAUAUUGAGAGGAGAAGACCAAGAACUUUUGAAGAAUUAAAAUCACUUAUAGAUGAGGCAAUGGAAGAACUAAAUAAAAAAGAUUUAAGAGAAUAUUUUAAACACUGUUGA